UCUCGGACUCAUUUUACGUCACACUUUUUUUUUUGUUUAUAUAUUUAUACUCCCCUUAUUUUUAUUUUCCUAAUUAAAAUUUGUGUGUUUACCACAUUCCCCUUCUCCUUCAUCUUUAUCUCUUCAAUCUCUCUCUUUCUCUCUCCUCGGCAAGAUCAACUCGUCAUUUCUCUCUCUACCGCCAUGGAUCCUUACAAGUUUCGGCCAUCAAGUGCGCACAAUUCAUCACACUUCACCACAAAUUCUGGGGCUCCUGUUUGGAACAACAACUCUUCUUUGACUGUUGGCAACAGAGGCCCCAUUCUUUUGGAGGACUAUCAUCUUGUGGAAAAGCUUGCUAACUUUGACCGAGAGCGUAUACCAGAACGUGUUGUUCAUGCCAGGGGAGCGAGUGCUAAGGGAUUUUUUGAAGUUACUCAUGAUAUUACACACCUCACAUGUGCUGAUUUCCUGCGUGCUCCUGGUGUCCAGACACCUGUGAUUGUUCGGUUCUCUACUGUUAUUCAUGAACGUGGGAGUCCUGAAACCCUCAGGGACCCUCGUGGUUUUGCUGUGAAGUUCUACACCAGAGAGGGUAACUUCGAUCUAGUGGGGAACAAUUUCCCUGUGUUUUUCAUUCGUGAUGGUAUGAAAUUCCCUGAUAUGGUGCAUUCCCUCAAGCCCAAUCCUAAAACCCACAUUCAAGAGAACUGGAGGAUCAUGGAUUUCUUCUCUCACCAUCCCGAGAGUUUACACAUGUUCACUUUCCUCUUUGAUGAUGUGGGUGUUCCUGCAAACUACAGACACAUGGAAGGCUCUGGUGUUAACACAUAUACUCUGGUCAACAAGGCUGGCAAAGCAUACUAUGUGAAGUUCCACUGGAAGCCAACAUGUGGAGUUAAGUGUCUGUUGGAGGAUGAAUGCGUCAAAGUUGGAGGAGCUAACCACAGCCAUGCUACUCAGGAUCUUACUGACUCAAUUGCAGCUGGAAACUAUCCUGAAUGGAAGCUGUUUAUCCAGACAAUUGACCCUGCUGAUGAAGAUAAAUUUGACUUUGACCCCCUAGAUGUUACCAAAACAUGGCCUGAGGACAUUUUGCCACUUCAGCCAGUGGGUCGUAUGGUCUUGAACAAGAACAUUGACAACUUCUUUGCUGAAAAUGAGCAGCUGGCUUUUUGCCCUGCUAUUGUUGUUCCUGGGGUCCACUACUCAGAUGACAAGCUGCUUCAGACUCGAAUUUUCUCAUAUGCUGAUACCCAAAGGCAUCGUCUUGGUCCCAACUACCUGCAACUUCCAGUCAACGCUCCCAAGUGUGCUCAUCACAACAAUCACUAUGAUGGUUCCAUGAACUUUAUGCACAGAGAUGAGGAGGUGGACUACUUUCCAUCAAGAUAUGAUCCCGUUCGUCAUGCUGAGAGAUAUCCCAUUCCUGCAAAUAUUUUGAAUGGAAGGCGUGAAAGGCAAAUCAUUGCAAAGGAAAACAACUUUAAGCAGCCUGGAGAGCGAUACAGAUCAAUGGACCCAGCCAGGCAAGAGAGAUUUAUCUGCAGAGUGGUUGAUGCUUUAAGCGACCCUCGUGUCACCCAUGAGAUACGCAGUAUCUGGGUUUCAUACUGGACCCAGGCUGACAAAUCUCUGGGUAUGAAAGUUGCAAGCCGACUUAAUGUGAGACCAACCAUGUAGAGAUGGUCAACAUGAAUACAUGAUUGUUCUAUAUGGGGAGAUCGAGAUGAGGAUUGCAAUUGCAAAAAACUGUAAUAUCUAGCUACUUUGUGAAAUACUAUAAACUGUCAGUACUCGGAUCAUAGAACAUGAGUUUUUUUUAUUAAGUUUCUGUUGUUCGUGUUACAGACUUGCUUGCAGUACAAUGAGUAUGUGUCCUGUAAUCUCAUUUUGAUUUCUACUAUUAUUGAUGUGUAACCCUAUUGGAUUACUAAAUAUGGUUCUGUAUCUGCUAUGGAGCGCAAAUAUUAUACAUCAUAUUUAUGAACAUAAUUCACUACUCAUA